GCCCAUUAUUCAAGCACGCGCUCGUCGCAAAUCGUAACCGAACUACAUCGGCAGGGGAAAAAUUCCGUUGACGAGUCGAAUGAGAAGAGGGACAUGGGUCGUUGACGACGGGAGGAAACUAAACUAAACUCCACUAUCGUCCUCCUCCUCCUACAAAUAAUAGUCGUCUGCGGGCAUUAAUUAGGGCUAGGGUUAGGGCACCGUCAUGGGGGUUCAAGGUCUAUGGGAACUCCUCGCCCCCGUCGGCCGCCGCGUCUCCGUCGAAACCCUCGCCGGAAAAAAACUGGCCAUAGAUGCGAGCAUAUGGAUGGUUCAGUUCAUGAAGGCGAUGAGAGACGAGAGAGGGGAGAUGCUGAGGAACGCUCACGUCCUCGGCUUCUUCCGUCGAAUCUGCAAGCUUCUCUUUCUCCGAACUAAGCCCGUCUUCGUCUUCGACGGCGGCACCCCCGCCCUCAAGCGCAGAACCAUCGCAUCUCGGAGGCGGCAUCGUGAGAAUGCCCAAGCCAAGAUCAGAAAGACCGCCGAGAAGCUUCUCCUCAAUCAUCUUAAAGCUAAAAGGCUUGAGGAAUUAGCCCAAGAGAUGAGGAAAACCAAAGAUGAGAAGUCUGAUGCAAAGGGGAAACAGGUCGUCACUGAUGAGAAUCAGGGAGAUAAUCAAGAGCCUGAUAAGAAAAGUAUCAAGGCGCUCACUCAAGAAGCUUUGGAUGAGAUGUUGGCGGCAUCACUUGCUGCGGAAGAAGAGGAGGUUUUUAAUGCCAAAAAGACUACAUCUGCUGGAAAUGUUCAACAAGAAGGGGAGGAAGAAGAAGAUGAAGAUGAGGAGAUGAUUUUUCCUGUAACAAGCGGCAAGGUUGAUCCAUCUGUCUUAGCUUCUUUGCCACCAUCAAUGCAGUUGGAUCUUCUUGUUCAGAUGCGGGAGAAUCAGAUGGCUGAAAACAGGCAGAAGUAUCAAAAAAUUAAGAAGACACCCUCAAAAUUUUCUGAGCUACAAAUACAAUCAUAUCUUAGAACCGUUGCCUUCCGCCGUGAGAUAGAUGAGGUACAAAAAUCAGCUGCUGGAAGGGGACUGGGAGGAGUGCAAAGCUCAAGAAUAGCUUCUGAAGCAAAUAGGGAAUUCAUAUUUUCUUCAUCAUUUACUGGUGAUAAACAGAUGCUAUCAGCUAAAUCAGUUGAAAAAAAUGGAGACAUGGUAAAUCAAUCAACAAAGAAGACAAUCAAUUUAGAUUCAGUGAAGCACAGUUUGUUCGCUAGUCAAUCUCAAACUAAAUCUCCUGCUGAUAAAGUUACAAGUGAUUUUGGAGAUGAUGUUGAGACAUACUGUGAUGGGAGUGGUCGUAUGAGAGUUAGCAGAGUUAGAGGAUUGGGCAUUCAUAUGACUCGAGACCUACAACGGAAUCUGGACUUGAUGAAAGAGUCUGAGCAGGAUUAUAGCAGGGGAGGUAUGAGAACAGAUCUGCAAUCUGAGUGCAUCAAAGAAGCUUCUAGUGCAAAAGGCAACUGUGAAACUAACAGCUGCUACAAUGCUUCUGUAAGUAUUGAAGGAAAUAGCGAAACCACUAUUAGAGAGACUGGGACAUUGACACAAGAAGAUAAUCAUUGUUCUGAUGACCUAUCUGCUCUUGGUAGAAAACCCCUGAUAGAGAUAUCUUUCUCAGAAGAUGAUGAUGGAAUGAAAGAUGCAGAUGAUAAUCUGUUCCUGCAGUUAGUUUCUGGAAAUUCACCGUCACAAUUAUGUGCAAGUAUCCAUUCAGAUAGUAGUGAAAAUGAGUCUGAAUCUGAAUGUAUUUGGGAGGAAGGAACAGUUGGUGAGAAAAAAGAAGGCUUGCAAAAUGACCAAAACAAGGAAGACAGAUCGUCUUUGGCAGAAGAUAAAAGUUGUGAAAAAUGUGAAAUGGAGUGGGAGGAAGGAGAUUGUGAUGUUCCUAAAGAUGUUUCUAAUUGUUAUGCUGGACAGGAAAAAGCUGUUUCACGUGGAUUUCUUGAGGAAGAAGCUGAUAUCCAGGAAGCAAUAAGGAGAAGUCUUCAGGAUACAGAUAUACUGAGAAGUUCAUCUAAAUCAUCUGUUAAUGCAGAUUUAGAGACUAAUGGACAUCAAACAUCAGUUGCAUCCCCUGGCAAUUUCACAUUUGAAGAAAAUAGGAAGAGCACUCAGCUUCCCCUAGAGAAUCAUCCUGAGAGGAGUCCAAUCACAGAUACUGCACCGAGUGGGAGUCAAGGCCUGGAAUAUCCUUGUCAAGAGAAUUUGCAGCAUAAUGUUGUAAUCAAUUUCAAUAAAAAAACUGCUGCACCUGGAAAAACAACUGAAGAAGUUGUUUCUUUAAAACUUCAAGACAGCAAGGAAACAAUAUCGCACACUGAUCAAAAUGAAGGAAUCGAAGAUCACGUGAAUCAUGCGGAACAUUCAACAAGAACUUCUGAACAAUCUGGUGUUGCACCACCCAGUUUAAGAAUCCCUGGGGAGGAUGGUAAUGGAUCUGGUAUUGAUUUUAAACCCACAGUCAAUGCACAGGAUGCUGAUCCUGCCGAUGCACUUGCCCAAAUUUCAGAAUCUAGUCAGUCCAUGGGCAGAAAAGGUGAAAUUACCUAUUCCAGGAAUGAUUCGUUUAUGGAGAAAAAUGUCUUGAACAUUGACACUAUGGAAGGAGAGGAAAUGGGAAAUUAUAUGAGUAGCACUCCUUAUGAAGAUUUGGAUAAUCACAAUGUUGCGUCAGAAGCUACUUUGGAUGAGGAAAUAUGUCUUCUUAGACAAGAACGUCUAAUUCUUGGAGAAGAACAGAGAAAGCUUGAGCGCAAUGCAGAAUCUGUUAGCAGUGAGAUGUUUGCAGAAUGUCAGGAUCUUCUCCAAAUGUUUGGUUUGCCAUAUAUCAUUGCACCAAUGGAAGCAGAAGCUCAAUGUGCAUAUAUGGAAAUAUCAAACCUAGUUGACGGCGUUGUAACUGAUGAUUCUGAUGUUUUCCUAUUCGGAGCUCGCAAUGUCUACAAGAACAUAUUUGAUGAUCGAAAAUAUGUGGAAACAUACUUCAUGAAGGACAUUGAGACUGAGCUUGGUUUGACUAGAGAAACAUUAAUACGCAUGGCACUGCUUCUUGGGAGUGAUUAUACUGAAGGAGUCAGUGGAAUUGGAAUUGUAAAUGCCAUUGAAGUUGUACGUGCAUUCCCUGAGAAAGAUGGCCUCCAAAAAUUCAGAGACUGGAUCGAAUCUCCAGAUCCUUCUAUUUUAGGAAAAUUUAAUUCUCAUACUGGUAGCAAUUCCAAGAAAAAGUCAUCAACGUCGGGAGAUAAAGGAGGUGAAAUGAAAGACACUGCAAAUACAUCUUCAUUUGAAGAGAAUGUUUCAAGAGAGUAUGUAGAUCAAACAUCUGUUGAUGACAUCAAAGAGAUCUUUAUGACUAAACACAGAAAUGUGAGCAAAAACUGGCAUUUACCUUCAACAUUUCCUAGUGAGUCGGUUAUUACGGCAUACAUUUCCCCACAAAUCGAUGAUUCGACCGAGCCCUUUAUGUGGGGGAAGCCAGAUUUAUCACUACUAAGAAAGUUAUGUUGGGAAAAAUUUGGAUGGCACAACAAGAAGGCAGAUGAGUUGCUUGUGCCCGUUCUGAAGGAGUACAACAAGCAUGAGACUCAGCUGAGGCUAGAAGCAUUUUAUACAUUUAACGAGCGGUUUGCAAAAAUCCGAAGCCAGCGAAUUAAGAAAGCUGUGAAAGGAAUUACUGGGAAAUCUUCUGUGGACCUGAUGGAUGAUCUUGUACAGCCCUCUAGCUCUGGGAAGAAGAGGGGUGGUCCUGCUGCUUUGGAAGACGAUAAAUCUAAAAAUCGUUCUGAGGUAAAGGAUAAUAGUAAAGGAAAAGCUUCAAAAAAACCAAGACGACAGAAGAAUGAGGGCAAAAGUAUGCAAUCAGAGAAUGGGGGUGGAGAUAUGCUUCCUCCAGAGGGAAGUCAGGCAACUAAUAUAAGUGGUGUGGCUUCAAAUUUGAGAGGGAAGAGAGGGAGAGGAAGAGGGAGAGCAAGGGGAAGGGGGAGGGAAAAAGAAGAGCUGAAUGAUGACUCUACUGAAGUAAGUUCUAGUGAUUGCGACGACAGAGGUGAAAUCGAGAAGCAUAUUCAAGAACCAGAAGCCAUGUCAGAAUUACGCAGGUCAAAAAGACGCAGAAAGCAUGUGGAAUACGCUGAAGAAGAAAUGCACGUGGGAGUUGAUGUUGACGGGUCAAAUGAUGCGGCUGAGAAGCAAGAACCAGUUGAACAAGGGAACAACAUUAGGACUGCAGAUGGAUCUGACCAAAAGGAAGGUGAUAACCAUAGCCCUGAUGUUGGCUUAUCUGGAGACUACCUUCAGAGUGGUGGUGGAUUCUGCGUUGAUGAGAGUGAAACACAAGGUAAUACCCUUGAUUGUCAAACUGGUCAUCCAAAUAUGUUGACUGGCAAUAGCCAUUCCGGAGAUUGUCUCCUGGCUGGAGGUGGCUUUUGCACGGAUGAAAAUGAGGUGCAAGUCGAUACAACAACUCAUCUUGAUGCUGGCUCAGCAAAGGCAGAUAAAGAGCCUUGCGGCCUAACAAACAAGGAACCUACAGGAGGAAAUUCACGAGCAAUCAAGCAUGGGGAUUCAUCGUGUUCCGAGGGAGCUGAAGACGAGGGCGAGAUAAAUGUUGGCUUGAGAGCCAUGCCUUCCCUGAGAAAGAAGCGAAGGAAAGUGUGAGCAGAAAGAUUGUCAGCAGGUAUCUUUUUUGUUGUCAAGUGUAUAUUUAUCUGAGAAUCAGCGGUAGCCUACACUUAUCUUCCUCUUUUACUUUUUGUCAACCUGUUGUGCAUAAGUUGUAAAGUAUAAAGAAACCCAUAUUUAAAAGCUGUUAUUUUUCUGAAACGUGCAGUGAAAACGUAUCGUGGGCCUUUUUACCCCCCUUUUGAGGU